UCCCCGGGCUUGUUGGGGCCCCGCGGGAUGCAGCAGCCUCACAGUGCAGGCUGUGCGGGCAGGGGGCUCGACCUUGCAGAAGCAGCUGUGAGGGUGAUGACAUACUUUCACCCCUAACCUGCUGCCCCCUCAGCCCCUCCCUAUGCUAGCCCUGAUACUGCCAGAGGACUACUGCCAGGCCGCUGUCCCUGCACUAGAAGGCCCAGCCCCACUCUGCCUGGCCAGGCCCCCACCUGACCCAGCCCAAACUCCCUGUCCAGGGCUCCUGAAACCCCGGUGCCCAAGGGUGCACGCGGCCUAAGCCGGCCUUGGCCCAGCAGCCCCGCCCCCGCCCACCCCAUCCCCACUGUGAGGUCAGCACCUUCCUUCAGGUUCCAUCCAGAGCUGUGUGGUGGGGCUGGGCUGGCCAUGGGCCCUCAUUCCCACCCUGACACCUGCCUGUCUGGCAGCCCCCUGGGCCUGAUAGCUUUAUCCUUGUUCAUCCCAGCUGCAGCUGGGACCAGCUGGGACUGCAGCCUCGGCCUCAGCCGCGAAGCCCUCACCGCUCUCAUCGUAGUGCUGGUGGGCAUCAGUGCCAGCUGCUUCUGUGCCCUGCUCAUUGUGGCCAUCGGUGUCUUCCGGGCCAAGGAUGAGACCUGCCCCAGACAUAUAGAUAGCAGGUUGGUGGAACACUACGGGGCCCAUGAGGACCGCAUGGACGUACACGUGGAGUCCCGCCUUGACCUGGAGAUGCCUACAGUGCAGUCCCUGGAGGACUGUGUCCUCAUGGAGGACGCUCUAGAGGAGCCACCCCUACUCCCCACGUAGGGCAGAGUGUUGGGCAAGAGAAUUAAAACUAUUUAGUGGUUGGUUGAGGGUGUCCUCCUUGCAAGUGACACGACCCCUUGAGGCACAUGGGUGGUCAGCGCCCCUCCCCAGGCAGGAAACCACGCCCUGGGGGUCAUACUUGCCUGGAGAGUCCUGCUCCUCUCUAGGCCCCGCCACAUCUCACACAGGGCCUGCAGUUGCCAACUCAAGAGUAAAGCACUGGGGGCCGCCCCUUAGCUCAGUCCUUUAAGUGGCUGCUUCAACAAAGCAGUCAGGCUCAGGUUGCUGUGGUUCCAUCCCC